AUGUUGGAUAUAACUGGAAUGUUAGCUGAAAGUUUGGAAGCUCUUAAUUCAAACCAAUCAAGAAUAUCAUCGGCAUCAUCAUCAACGACGACAACGCCGACAAACCCGACAUUCACAAUAAAUUAUGAUUCCUCCCCAUCAAAUUAUGGACUUUAUGAAUUUUAUGAUUAUUCAUCACCAACAUUAAAUUAUGAUUUAGAUGAUCGUUAUUCUUCAACGAAUACAUUAUCUACACUUUCUUCAUCAACGAUUGAUUUUGUUCCAACCUUUGAUCCUAAUAGUCGUCCACCACCACCAUUAUUACUUCCUUUAGAGACAAUUGAUAAAGAUGAUAUUGCAUUUGAAAGAUUAAUUAAUCUCGAUGAUAACAUUCAAGUCUCUUAUGGUAAAAGUAAUUUUGAUGUAAUAAUUAAUAUCGGCGAAGAACCAAAUAUUAAAAAAUUUAGAACCCAUUCUGUUAUAUUGAGCAAACGAUCUUCUUAUUUUCGAACUGCUCUAUCAAGUAGAUGGGCAAAAAAACAAGAAAGAUUAGAUGUAUCUACAUUAUUUGAUGUCUUGGUAGCGUCCGAUGAAUUAAUAUUAGAAGAUUUCACCGACGAAAUACAAAAACAUAUCAUGCAUCUUGAAUCUAAUUUAUUAAAACCUAAUUUAAUUCAAAGAAUAAUCACUUGUUAUAACAAUCAAUCUUUCAAUAAAUUGUUACGAUAUUUAUUGAAAUUAAUAAAAAUUGAUCCUUCUUUCUUAAUAUCACAAAAUGAUAUUUAUUUAUUACAAGAAAAUAUAUUAGAAUUUAUUAUGGAAGAAUCUCGAGAACAAUUGGAUGAUUGGAUGAAAUGGAAUUUUAUAAUUAAAUGGGGAAUUGGUCAACAACAAAAUUUGGUAUUAGCCGACAUUGAUAAUUGGUCAAAAUCUGAUUUCGAAAAAUUAAAUAAAACCAUUCACUCUUUACUUCGAUUUAUUAGAUUUAGUCAUAUCCCAAGGAAUUAUAUCGUAGAUCAAAUUUUACCAUUUAUUUCUUAUUUUAAAGAAAUUGAUAAUGAAACAAAACCGCAAUACAAAUUUAAUCUAUUAUAUCGAAUGACUCAAGAUGAUCCAUUGACAUAUCACGAGAAAUGUUUAAAACAGGAACCAACAUUUGUGAUUGUUAAAGCUCGAAGUCCUAUUGAGGAAGGAGGUGGUGGACCUAUAUUAAUAGGAGGGUAUAAUCCUGUAGGAUUUAAUAAUAAUUAUGUAAAUAUUGAUUCACCAUUAUCAAAACAAGCAUUUAUAUUUUCAUUUGGAGAUGGUAAAGCAUUAGAGAAAGCACGAGUAAGUAGAGUGAAAACUGAUUGGUCAAGGAUGGUUAUUGAUUUCUCAAGUAUUAGUCCAAGCUUUGGUUUCGAUAAUUUAAUUGUUAAUUUUAAUGAUAUGAAAGGAACCUUAUUAAAAUCGGAUAUUUUAGAAUAUGAAAUCUUUCAAGUUUUGGAACCGUGA